AUGGCUUCCCUCCAGCACAAUCUCCGCCUGGCUACCGAGGCCGAUCUCCCGGCCAUGACAGAAGUCCUCAACGCAGCAUCGCGCCAGGACCCCAUCUACCCCUAUCGGUUCCCCGAUCGCCAUCGCUAUCCAUCCGAGUUUGCUCUGCUCUGUCGCCAGAAAUGCACCGAGUACUUAGCAUCCAGUACCGUGGUCGUCUGCGAGAUGCCGAGCGCCACCGAUGCCGGGGCUAUGCGGGUCGUUGCCUUUGCCGUCUGGGAUACGCCGGCUUCGCAACACAGGGUCCAGGCCCACACCGGGAGCUUGGAGCCGCUCCCCUCCCAACAACCAUCCUCCCUCGGCGUUCCCAUCACCAUCGGCCACAAGGACAGAAUGGACGCUUUUAAAUCCGCCUGCGUUCGGUACAAGGCGUCCUUCUUCGAUGCGAAAUAUAAAAGAGGACAUGUCAUGCUCAGGAUCUUGCUUUGCCACCCCGACUACCAACGUCGGGGAGCAGGCAAGGCCUUGACAGAGUGGGGGAUUCAGGAGGCACAGAGGUUGGGAUUAUACACCACUGUGUUUGCGAGCCCCAUGGGACUUCGCCUGUACACCAAACUAGGCUUCACCGAGAUCGGACGAUUCAGAGUCGAGGUGGAAGGUGACGAGGAACAUCUAGAGAUCCCUGCGCUGGUCUUGAGCCCAUCAGCCGGGAUAUGGGAGAGUGGGAGGAAAGCGACUUGUGGGAUGGUUACGGGGGCGGGUUACAAUGGUGUUUCGUCGACUGUUUGCGCGUGAUUGCCGAGCAGCGUCUUGGUGGUGGGUGAUUCCUUUUUGUCAGAGCAAGCGAGGCAUAUUUGGCGACAUUUACACGGCGUGACACGGUUUCGAGUUGGAUCUCGUUUUGUUCUUUUGUUCGAAGAUCAUCUUGGGGGUUAUAUAUUCUUAAAUGGCUGGCAGGCUGGCAAAAACAUUACACAUUGCGUGUUGGUUGCACAAAGAGGGGUGCGGCGGUUCGUUUGGUGAACCUUUACACUUGGUGUUUCAUGAUUAUUGGGCAUUUCUUUUCGUUAUCGGAGCGGGCGGACACGUCUUACGCAUACAGUUGUACAAAGCAUUGCCGUCGCCAUCCUUUUUCUACCAUCCUGGAGGGAAGACUUGUUCUACUAUUAGGGGUUGUGGAGAUAUGUGUUACAGAUAUGAGAUCAUUGCUUACAUAGGUAUCUUAUGCAUGAAGAAUGGAAAUAGAUGGAGGCUCAAGUGUGGUGAGAACGAUAUGUAUUUACUCUGUAGACAGGAACUUAGAGACUGCGAUGAAAUGAUAAGGCCUUACAAAACAGCCAAUCCACAUUACAAAUAUCUUUCUAGACCAUGUGACUAAUUUGGAAAAUUUCUUGAUGAUCUCAAGAGGCCUGUUAAUAUGUAUUCAAGUAUGACAUUGUAUUUGCACUCAACAAUCUGAUAUGAAGAU